AUGGAAGUGGGUGACUUGAAGAAAAAGAUACUGGAGGAAAAUCAUAACACCCUGGCUGGUAUCGACGCCCCUCAGCUUAUUUUAUACCGGGUCAAACUUCCUGAUGAUUCCGAUUUGGCGAAGAAUGUACAAGAAUAUAUGUCAACGAACCCAGACCCAGCCCAGUCCUCAACAGAGUUGCACGAAAUCUACCCGUCCAUCCCUCCAAAAAGGACGGUGCACUUCAUCGUUCAACUUCCUCCAG